CCAGAAGAACACAAGAAGCUUAAAGAAGCAACAGAAAGUAGUCAUGCUUUACAGAAACAUUCUUAUGCGAUGGGAGAUGGCGCUGCCAGGAAGUUGAGGUUGUGUGUAUUAAAACAUCCAGGUAACAAUGUGAUAGGAAUGGUCUCUAGAUGUGACAAAAUAGCAGGUACAGUUGAACAGAUUCUGGGAGGCGAAGUCUAUCACUACCAUUCCAAGCUCAUCAUGAAGGAUGCUAGAACUGGCGGAAAAUUUGUCUGGCACCAGGAUUAUGGAUAUUGGUAUAAUAAUUAUAUAGUAUUUCCUGACAUGUUGAGUGUUUUGAUGCCAAUAGAUCCUUCUCUUAAAGAAAAUGGAUGUCUCGAGGUUUUAGUUGGCUCACAUAAAUGCGGUAGAAUAAAUCACGUGAGGAUUGGGGGUCAGAUCGGUGCUGAUUUGGAGAGACUUGAAAUGGUGAAGACAUUUUGUCCACAUAAAUAUGUUGAACUUCAACCAGGCGAUGCUUUGUUCCAGCACAGUAAUUUAUUACAUACGAGUGAACCUAAUACCAGUGCUAUGAGAAGAUGGAUGUUUAUAGUAGCUUAUAAUAAGGCCAGUAAUAAUCCUGUUAAGGAACAUUUUCUUCCUAGUUAUACCAAACUUCACAAGGUGAACGACACCGCCAUUUUGGAUUGCAAGAAUGAGGAUGAUUUAGAAGAUGAGUUGUUUAUGGAUCCUAAAAUUGAUUUUACCAUCGACUUAAAGGGAUAAUCAAUUAAUACCCGUAUUUAAAAAUAUAUACCAACAAUUACUAAGUGGGUCGUCAAUUUUAAAGUGAUAUAUUUAUCCGGAUACACGAAUAUUAAAUAUAUCUUCAAUAUUUUAAAUUUUCAUCAAUAUGGCAGCAAACUGAGUUCGAGACAAUCAAUUUCUAAUUUAACAGGCAAAUAAAACAUGUCCAAGUUAUUUUUGAAGCUUAAAUAUUUAAGUUACUAAUGUUAUAAUUGGAUAGUAUUCUAAUUCUAUUUGCAUUAAAUUAUGU